GCUCUGCUAGCGCAGAGCCAUUUAUACUAAGCUAACGGUUUAGCACUGCUGACCUCCGUCUUUGCGGGGUUUAUUUCCCGGGUUAGUUGUUGUACGACAGUUAGCUUCAAGAUGGCUUUGUUGACGCCAUUAUUCGCUUUUCUGUACCAUCUACCGCAGGUGUACAAGUGGCUGCUGAAGCCAUAUUACGUAGCAUCUCUCUUCAUGUCUGUAGCAUUUCUAGCUGUCCGCAAGACGCCCGGCAUCUGUGACCGUCUGGCCACACAGCGAGAAGACGGCAACUCCUGCGACUUCGACUGGAGAGAGGUGGAGAUCCUCAUGUUCCUCAGUGCCAUCGUGAUGAUGAAGAACCGCCGGGCGAUAACUGUGGAGCAACGUGGCAACAUCAUCCUGUUCAGCAAAGGCAAUGUGAUCCUGUUCUUCAGACUGGACAUCAGGAUGGGGCUGCUCUACCUGACGCUCUGCAUAGUGUUUUUGAUGACCUGUAAGCCUCCUCUGUACAUGGGACCCGAGUACAUCAAAUACUUCAGUGACAAAACUAUUGAUGAUGAACUGGCGAGAGACGGCCGUGUGACGUGGAUCGUCGAGUUUUUUGCCAACUGGUCUCCAGAGUGCCAGUCCUUCGCUUCUGUGUACGCUGAUCUCUCUCUCAAGUAUAACUGUGCUGGCCUAAAGUUUGGCAAAGUGGACAUUGGACGCUAUGGAGAGGUUCCAAAAGUACAAGGUGUCAGCAUCUCCACUCUCAAGCAGCUUCCAUCAUUGGUGCUGUUCCAAGGAGGGAAGGAAGUUAUGCGGCGCCCUCAGGUGGACAAGAAGGGCAGGGCUGUGUCAUGGAGCUUCACUGAGGAGAACAUCAUCCGAGAGUUCAACCUGAACGAACUCUACCAGAAGUCCAAGAAGCUCAGCAAGACCAGAGGAGACAAGGUCAGCCAAUCCCAGUUCCCCCCAGUGCCCGAGGAGGAGGAGCCAGAGCAGCAGGGAGUUGAAGCCCAGGGGGUGGAGUCUGAAUCCAAGAAGGACAAAUAGGACCAUUUGUAUUACUCACACUGGACUUGUUAAUGGAAUCUGUGGGUCCACUGUGGGUCAGCUAGCUCCUCCUCCACCUUUGUCUUCAUGCUCCUCUUCAGAGUGUUCUGUUUACUUGUGAAUCAGGCCCCGCCCCUUUCC